AUGCGGAAAAAAUCAUCUCGUCGAGAGAAUGUCAAUCAGAUCACGCCCUUGGUCAAUCAGAAGAAGUCGAUCUCAGUUACGAUUAAUGGCAGCAUAUGUAUUUUUGAAGUGGAUUCUGGGUCGCCUGUGACCAUCAUGACGGAAUCUACGUUCAAUAGCGUCUGGUCCAACAGAAGGCCAGAUCUUUCCAAGUGUGAUUUGGAUCUUAGCGAUUACCAACGCAACCACAUCCCAGUCAAGGGGAUCAUCGAUGUGUCAAUUUAUUACAACCGCCGUAAAAUUGACAACUUGCCGCUAAUCAUCGCAAACAGUGGUGGCUCUAAUCUUGUUGGUUGUAACUGGUUCGAUGCACUGGGCAUACGUAUAGAAGGAGUUUUUGCCGUCAACAGUGGUCUCAGCAUCAAAGCCAUUCUGAUGAAAUACGAUCAUUUAUUCUCAACAGAUCUUGGUCGCUACACAGGACCACCAGUGUCUUUACAAAUCGAUUCGGCGGUGCCGCCCGUGAGACUGCCUCCACGCCGUAUACCCUUCGCCAUUAAGGGCCUCGUGGAAGAAGAAAUCGAUCGCUUAUGUUGUCAAGGUAUUUUGGAGCCUGUGGAAUACUCCGAUUGGGCAACGCCAAUAGUGCCCGUGGUAAAGAAAGAUGGUUCCAUCCGUAUAUGCGGUGACUACAAAUCGACGCUGAAUAAGGCAAUUAAGCCACACUGUCAUCAAAUUCCAGCCGUUAGCACGCUUUUGGCUUCGAUUGAAGGUGGAUCGAUUUAUGCAAAAAUUGAUUUGGCACAGGCAUACCAACAGCUCGUGGUUGAUGAGCGUUCGUCACUCCUGCAAACCGUGUCAACGCAUAAAGGCGCAUUCAAGGUAACCAGGCUGCAGUUUGGCAUCUCAUCAGCACCCGGUAUAUUCCAAAGCUGCAUCGAAAACGUUUUGCAAAACAUUCCUGGCGUCUUGCCGUACUUUGAUGACAUCGUGGUCAUGGGUAAAUCGGAAGAUUAG